AUGAUCAGCACCAAGAAACUCUUCAAUGUAGCUAGGAAGUGGCAAAAGAUCACUGCCAUUGGAAGGAAAAGGAUUUCCCAUCGAAGAACAAGAAGACCUUUGAAGGCAGACAGUUGUAGAAUGCUGGAAGUGAGUAAAAAGGGUCACUUUAUAAUCUGUAGCACUGACAGAAGACGCUUUGCCAUCCCCCUGGCUUGUCUAAACACUUAUAUUUUUCAAGAACUGUUGAAACUGUCAGAAGAAGAGUACGGAUUAUCAAGUGAUGGACUCAUCACAUUGCCAUUUGAUGCAGCAACUGUGGAGUAUACAGUUUCACUCACACGAAGAGGUCUAACUGAAGAUUUGCAGAGAGCUUUGCUUAACACGAUUUCUUCUUGCCACUGCUCAUCAUAUGAUUCUAUGAUCAAGGCUGUAUAA